AUGGCACAUUACGAUUCAUCUUCAUCUGAGUCAUCAUCGGAAGGAAGUACUAGCAACCAGAAGAAGGAGCUUGUAGUCUCGCAUAGUAAAGAUAGCACGUAUGGAGCUAUUGAUGUAGCAGCAUCAAGUCAAGAAAAGAACUCUCAGCAGGAAGAACAUUCAACAGCCUAUUAUCAACAGCCGCGUGAUGAUGAGCCUUUACUGCAAGAGGGCCUUCAAAAGAAACGAAAAAUUACCUUUAGGACUGUCUUUGAUUUUUCUAAAAAGUGGUUAGCAUUAAUUAUUGGAUGUUUGAUGAUGUUGGUAUCUGGAACGCAAUAUGCAUUUUCAUCCAUCAGUCCGACGAUUAAAAGAGAUUUGGGCUACUCGCAAUACGAAGUCACUACCAUUGCAGCUCUUGCAAAUUUAGGAACAUACUUUAGCUUGCCAAUUUCACUAGUGAAUGACUUUGCCGGUGCACGAAUUUGUUCAAUUGUUUCAGCUGGGUUAUAUUUUACAGGAUACUUUUUGUUUUUGCUACUGUACUUGGAAAAGUUGCCAAAUCAUUACAUUUUAGGUGGAAUCUUCUUUUUAAUUAUGGGAAGUGGCAGUGCAGGUGGUUAUCUAGCAUCCAUGUCCACAAAUUUAAAGAAUUUUUCAGAGACGAAUAGAGGACUUGUGGUCGGUAUAUUGGCCUCGUGUUUUGGUUUGUCCAGUUUCUUCUUCUCGUCAGCAUACAGUUACAUUUUUUCUCAAGCGUUAGAACCCUACUUGUUAUUUACUGCAAUUUUUGGUACAGUGGUUCUAUUUUCAGGAUGUAUCUUUAUGAAUACGGUUAGCAAAGGUCCUGCCAACACAUCACAAAAAACAAGCAAAGAAUCUAAGGAAGAAGAAUCUGCUCAACAAAAUUCUGAACGAACUUCACUUUUGAAACAUGAUGAUCUGCCACCACAAGAACCACCAAUGGCCUCCGAAGUUGACAACUCACAAGAAGAAGGAGCCGUUGUGACCUAUGAAGAGGCUGCAACUACUGAAACACCUCUCAAAGAAAAGAAAAUCUUUGCAGACAUUAGUGCCAACAACUCUAUGGACCCUCCAGUCCUCAAUCCAUUUAGAAUGUUGUUAACAUUGGACUUUUACAUGUUCUUCAUUGUUUACACAAUUGCUGCUGGUUGUGGUUUGGUGAUUAUCAACAACCUGGGAUCGAUCGUGUUGGCCUAUGGAGGAUAUCAUGGUCAACAAAACGUCAUGGUGCAAUUACUUUCAGUAUUCAAUUGCGUGGGAAGAAUUGUCUUUGGAUUUUUGAGUGACAAAUUCCUUCUUCCACAUCGUCAUCUCACUCGUAUUUCCUUCUUCAAUAUGGCUGUUUUCAUGAUGGGAGUUGUUCACUUUAUUUUUGCAUGGAUUCCAGUGAAUGGUAUUUAUGGAAUGAUUUGUGUCAUGGGAUUCUUCAAUGGAGGAAUUUUCUCACUCGCUCCUUCUUUCUGUAGUGAAAGAUAUGGGUCCAAAUAUUUUGGAAUGAACUUUUCAAUUGUGAAUUUGGCAGCAGCAGCUGGAAGUUAUGCACUAGCAACAAGUUUAGCAGGAAAAAUCUAUCAAGAUGGUGUCAUUCCACCAAGAAUUACCACGUGCCAUGGUAGAGAUUGUUUCCAACUCACUUUCUUUAUUACUACUGCCUUGUGUGGAUUUGCCUUAAUAUUGGGACUUGUAUUGCAAUACAGAACUCGAUGGGUUUAUGGAAUUUUCUAUCGAAGAAGAAUGGCUGCCAUGCAAAAACAAUCCAUUUCGUUGAAGAAGACUGUUUAA